CGAUUGCAAAGAGUUGAGGAAAAGCUCGACUUCACCAGAUACUUAUUCCCUACUCUCCCUUACCUCGAAUCUCAAGAGGCAAAAAACGGUUGAACAAAGAACAAGAAUUUAUAGCAGAUAGAGAAGAAGAAAAGAAAGAAAUUUUAUUAUUAAUAUUAUCAUUUCUUUUUGUGUGGAAAAUUAAGGGAGAAAGGGGAAGAUGAAGAUCACGUCGUUAUUGGUGUUGAAGUGCAACCCAAAAGGAUCGGAUCCGAUCAUAUUAGCGAACGCAACUGAUGUGAGCCAUUUCGGUUACUUCCAAAGGUCAAGCGUGAGGGAGUUUAUCGUCUUUGUUGCUCGAACCGUCGCCAAACGUACACCUCCCGGCCAGCGUCAGUCCGUCCAGCACGAAGAGUACAAGGUACACGCUUACAACAGAAAUGGACUUGUUGCCUUGGGAUUUAUGGAUGACCACUAUCCUGUUCGAAGUGCUUUUUCGCUUCUCAACCAGGUGCUAGAUGAAUACCUGAAAAAUUUUGGGGAAUCAUGGAGAACUGUGCAAGCUGAUAGUGCUCAAUCUUGGCCCUACCUGGAAGAAGCUCUGGUAAAAUUUCAGGAUCCUGCAGAGGCAGAUAAAUUAUUGAAAAUUCAGAGGGAGUUGGAUGAAACUAAAAUCAUCCUUCAUAAAACUAUUGAUAGUGUACUUGAACGAGGUGAGAAGCUGGACAGUUUAGUUGAGAAGAGUUCAGAUCUGAGUGCGGCAUCUCAGAUGUUCUACAAGCAGGCCAAGAGAACCAAUCAGUGCUGUACCUUACUGUAACCUUCCAGAGAAAGCAGAUGUGCUAUAAUGACUUUCAUCUGUUCUGGUGACUGAAAGCUCUAAUGGUACCGUAAGAAAAGGGAAAUGAACCCAAAACAUUCAAAAGGAUGAUUUUCAUAUACAUACAUACAUACAUACAUUAUAUAACACUUGCAACGUGCCUUCUAAGUACUAGUAAAUUUUAUUUCUUAUUUGCUUAAA